AUGUGUGUGUGUGUGUGUGUGUGUGUGUGUGUGUGUGUGUGUGUGCGUGCGUGUGCGUGUGCGUCGUCGCAGGUCACAAGACGACAGCAGACCAAAGCCUGCUUUGCCGGUUUCCAAAACCAAUAA